UUCUCCUACAGGCGGGAAGCAGCGCGAGAUUCAAGAUCAACGUACAUAUUUAUAAUAUUGCACCAACAUUGCUCAGUCGUCGUCGUUGUCGUCGUCGUCGUCAUCCAGCAGCAACAACAGCCAGCGGGGACUCCAUUCAGUUGAGCACAGUGUGACAAGAACUAGUUUCGGAUUCGAAGGAGCUCUGAACGGGCGCGCGCGGGCUCAUCAGUAGCUGUGUGUGAUCGCACACGGUGGUGACCUUUCUUAUUGUUGUCGAGGCGUUGACGUGUUUGUAUAUACCUAGCUAUCGUGGAAUUCGUAAUACAGAGUUUGGUAUCGAAUUCCAUUUCGCAGUGUGGUAGAAUAUCCGGGUGUUACACGGGAGGAGGACAAUGAUUUCGGCCUGACGGGUUCGCAGAGUGGAUCCCGUAAGUUCGUAAUGGACCGCAGCAUGCCGAAUCGGGCGCUGGUGACCGUGCUGCUGAUCGUAUGGUUCGGGGCAGCGAUUGCAUUUGCGACGAUCGACAACGAUCGCUUCGAGGGCGAUAGCUGCGCAUUGGCGGACGGCUCCGACGGGACGUGUCGCCGCGAUUUUGAGUGUGAAUAUUUGAAAACCAUCCCGCAGAAGUUGUGGGUCAAGUGUUCUUUCGAUAAGAAUGUAUCGAUCGUAUGCUGCCGUAAUCCUUCGAGGACUCGAUUCGAUGUCAAAAGUAGAAGCGAACAGAUGUGCGAGAGCUUCGAUCAGUUCAACGAUGUGGAUGAUCACAUCUACGGUGGCACUGCAGCAGCAGCAGACGAAUUUCCUUAUCUGGGUGCUUUGGGUUUCGGUAACGGAGGGGAAGUGUCUUUUCGUUGUGGAGCCAAUCUCAUAUCGGAUCGGUACAUGCUGACGGCUGCGCACUGUUUAGCCGAGCGACCUUCUUUCGUUCGACUGGGUGUUGUGGACAUAAUGUCAAACAGUAAAACCGAUCCUCCAGUUGACAUCGGAAUUGAAGAUGUGAUCAGUCAUCCGCAGUACAAAGGUCGUCCUCUGGCAAACGACAUUGCCCUACUUAAGCUCAACCGAACUGUGACGGAAGACUUUCUGAAACAGAUAUGCUUGUACACGAACCUGUCCGAUCCUUUACCGGAUGUGCCGCUGACGAUUGCCGGAUGGGGAAGUAACGAAACCGCUGGGAUAAUGUCCCCAUUGCUGCAGAAGGCCAACGUUACCACGUACGAGCGGGAUGAGUGCAAUACUAUUUUGGUGAAUGAUAAGAGCCAGGUACUGUCCAAUCGUCGGAUAGUGGCGAAGUUGAAUGCGGAUCAGCUUUGCGCCCUCGGGAGAAACGAAACGGGUCACAAUACGGGGGAUACGUGCAUCGGCGACUCCGGUGGUCCGUUGGAGCUGGCCAUCGGGCGGCGAAGAUGGCUCGUCGGUUUGACAUCGACGGGGAAACCGUGCGGAACGAAUUUCCCCGGUAUCUACACGCGGGUGUCGUAUUUUGUCGAUUGGAUCGAGUCGAUAGUGUGGCCGGAGAAGUGACGGGACUGGGACAGAGAUGGCCUGCUUGUGAGAUUUAGGGAUAAGUGACUGUCGUCAGGUUACAAAUAAGAAUAAAUGUGAUCAAUCUCUCCA